AGAUGCACCGUUGCCACAGUUACGCUCCUGCUACUUGAUGAUAAAGGAUGCAAAUGUACCAGUUUCAUCCAUCCAAAAGUUCGUUGUAGAUAGGCUGGAUCUUAACUGCCAUCAAGCUGAGGUGGAGAUCUCAUUGAAGGGUCAGCCAUUGCACCCCAGCUUGCGACUGCAUAACUUAAUAGAUCUGUGGUUGCAGACAAUAGCAAAAUCAGAAAAAAUAAAGGCAACAGUGGGCAGCUCAGCGAAAGAUUUUGUGAUGGUUCUCUGUUAUGGUUGGAAACCUCAGCCUUGUUAAACAUGUUUCUACCUCCUCUGCAUCAAUCAUGAUCUCGAGCCUAGGCCACCUGCUCGAAAAAAUCAAUUUUCCUAGAGUUCCCAAUCUUGCUUUAGCGGAUGUUUCGUGCACUGGUCAUACUUUGUCUUUUUACAUUUAUAUAGAAAAGUUUUAAGUUGUACAAUCUUUUAAUUGCAUCACCAUAUGCAUCCAAAUGCUUUGCGUUGCAUGUAGUUUUACCUGUACUUUUAAUGAGUUUAGGCUUUGUU